AUGAGCACGUACAAGCGCCUCGGUCCGUGUUACUACUCGGUUCUGCAAGUCGACACCAACGCAAGCUCUUCGACCAUCGCCAAAGCCUAUCGGUCCAAGGCCCUGCAAUACCACCCGGACAAGAACCGGAAUGCAAAGCCAGAGCAGUUUCAAGCGAUCUCCGAGGCCUACAAAGUGCUGUCGGACCCGGAGAAGCGGCAACUGUACGACGACUACGGACCUGCGCUCAAGCCGAGACUGCGCGAGACUUUUGCGCGACUGGCGCCGCUGCUGCUGUCGUUGGCGACGGGUUUUGUGGGAUCGAGUGUAAAGACCUACAGCAGCUUACUCAGUGCCCGAGCCAUGUGUGGCUGGGAGACGUGUCUCAUGGGCAUUGCAGGCGUGUUCUAUUGCUACCAUCCCGGUACCAAAGACGGUGCCAAGCCGCCGACAGAGCCAGAAAAAGAGAUGAUGUCUCUGUCUGACUACGUGGCGAUCACGGCCAUGGGACUGCUGGUAGGAAACGUUAGUGGCUGGGCAGCCUCGUCGGUUGUGCUGUUUUGCAAGGCGAUCGCGCUCGGAAGCUAG